AUGGACCAACAGUUUGUCGAGAACCUCAUACAGACUCUGCGGAACGUGACUGCUCCUGACACAGAGGCCAUUCAGCAGGCUUCUCAGGCUCUGCAGACCGAUUUUUACAAGAGCCCUGUGAUUGUGCCUGCUCUUGUACACAUUCUUCAAACCAACCCGGACAAGAACAUUCGCCAGCUGGCAGGUGUGGAGGCUCGCAAGCUCAUCAACUUCCGCUGGGCGGACCUCAAGGACGAUGUCAAGGCCCAGACAAAGGCCAGCCUUCUCCAAACUACCAUUGCUGAGCCUGAUUCGCUCGUGCGUCACACUUCUUCACGUGUCAUCUCCUCCAUUGCCAAGCAGGAGCUCGAUGAUAAUGCCUGGCCUGAUCUUCUUCCUGCUUUGUCAACCUCUGCCAACUCUUCUAAUGCUGCUGAGCGUGAGGUUGCUGUCUACAUUCUUUACACUCUGCUUGAAGCUGAUCUUGCUGUUCUUACCGAUUACAUUACCGACCUGGUUAGCCUUUUUGCCAGAACAAUCAACGACCCGGAGUCUCUUCAGGUCCGUGUUUCUACCAUCAUGGCUCUUGGUGAGAUUUCUUCUAUUCUCUCUUCUUUCCAAGGCAAUGAUGGCCAGGAGUCUGAAAUUUUCCGCUCCACCAUUCCUUCCAUGGUUGAGGUUCUUAAGCAGGUCAUCCAGGCCAAUGAUGAAAAGUCUGUAAGCCAGAUCUUUGAGGUGUUUUCUUUCCUCCUCAUUGCUGACUCUAACCUUACCUCACAAUACUUUGCUGACCUCAACAACUUCAUUCUUAACGAGAUUGCUGCUCAGAGCCAACUCUCGGAAGAGUUCCGUGUUCCUGCUUUGCAGUAUCUGAUUAAUGCUGUCCGCUCUAAAAAGGUCAAGAUCCAAAGCCUCAAGCUUGGGCCCCACAUGGUCUCCACCGCCAUGGCCAUCAUUGCUGACUACUAUCGUGAAAACGAGGAGGAUCUCGAUGACGACGAUGAUGAUGAUAUCAAUGAGACUAACCCUGCCACUCUUUCUUUCCAGCUCAUUGAUACCAUGUCCACCACUCUUCCUCCUCUCCAGGUUAAUGCUCCUCUGCUUACUCAGUUUAGCGAGUAUGUCAAGUCUUCUGACCCAGCUCUUGUCCGUGCUGGCUUUAUGUCUCUUGCUUAUGCUGCUGAGGGAGCUCCUGACUUCUUUGCUGCCCAAAUCAGUGCUAUUUUGCCACUUGUUGUUUUUGGUCUCCAGAACCCCAACCUUCACAUCCAGUCCGCUGCUCUGUUUUGUCUCUUUUACCUUGGCUGCGAGCUCCGCGAUGUUAUUUCCGAUGAGCAUGAGACUCUCUUACCUCUUGUUUUUAACAUUAUUGACAAUGCAUCCAAUAUUAAGAUUGGCAAGAACGCAUGCCAGGCUCUUAACUCGAUUCUCGAGUGCAUGGACCGCAAGGUUAUUACUGAAAAAUACAUGAGCACUCUUGUACCCAAGAUGCUCCACCUCUUCACUGUCAUUGAUAACCUGAGCCUUAAGAGUCUUGUCAUUAAUGCUAUUUCCUCUGCAGCUUACUCUGCUGGUAAGAACUUCUUGCCUUACUUUGAGGAGACUAUGAAGAUUCUUGAUCCCUAUAUUGCUCUUGCCCAUAACAUUGAGUCUCUUCCUGAGGCCCAGGCUAACCUUUGUGGUACUGCUUUGGACACAACUGGCUCUAUUGCUGCUUCCGUUGGCAAGGAGAAGUUCCAGCCUUUUGUGGAGCCCCUUGUGGAUGCAGCUUACAAGUGCAUGCAGAGCAACCACUCACGCGUCAAGGAAUCUGGGUUUAUUUGCGUUGGUACUUUGGCUAAGAUCUAUGGCCACGACUUUGCCGUGGUUGUUCCUAAGAUUGUUGAGCAGAUUUACAAGUGUCUCGACCAGAAUGAGUUUAGCCACUUUGAGGAUGACUCUGAGAAUAUCGGCAUGGAGACUGAUGAAAACGCUAUUAUGGAGAACCUGGAUACUUCAUCUGCCAUUGCUAUGGAGAAGGAGUAUGCUACUGACACUCUUGGUGAUUUGAUUGAAUCUGCCAAGCAGGACUUCCCUGAUAUCAAGCGUGCUAUUUCAUACUUGAUUUCACAGACUCAGUACUACUUUGAGGGUCUUCGCAAGGCUUCAAUUACAGCUUUGUGGCGUGCUUACUUGACCUGGGUCAGCCUCGAUAAUGAGGGCAAGUGGACUCCUGGUCUUCCUGCUACUGAGCACACCAAUGAGAUUACUGCUUACAUUGCCACUGAGAUCCGCAAGGAUAUCUUUGAGUUGCUUGAAGGUGAGGAGGAUCGCGAUGUUGCUAUUUUGAUUUGCCAGCGUCUUGCUGAAGGUCUUAAGAUCAUUGGUCCCAGAGUUUUGUUGAAUGAGCAGAACUUGGAGAUGCUUAUUACCCAGAUUCUUUCUAUUCUGACAAAGCAGCACUGUUCCCAGACUGCAUUUGAAGACGAAGUUCCUGAAGAUGAUGAGUUUGAGGAGAGUUCUGAAUAUGAUGCUGUAUUGAUUGAUGCUGCAUUUGAUGUUGUUGUUCAGAUUGCUGCAUGCUUGGGUCCUCAGUUCACUCAACUUUUCCCCAGCUUUGCUGCUCCCAUUCUCAAGUUCACUAGUUCUCAGAGCGCCAAUGAGCGUGCGGCUGCCAUUGGCACUAUUGCUGAGGUGAUUAACGGCAUGGGUACUGAGGUUUCUGGUUACACCAAGGAUCUUCUUGAGACUCUUCUCAAGGCUCUUGGAGACCGUGACAUUGAGGUUCGCAGUAAUGCUGCAUACGGUCUUGGUCUGUUGUGCUUUUUCUCUGAGGAUGUUGAUACUAUUAAGGCAGCUUACCCUACUAUUCUGUCUAAGCUCCAGCGUCUGCUUAAGAAGGUUGACAAGGCUACUGCCAAGUUCAAGGCUUCUGAGGGCAGCAAUGAAGAAGGUGAGGAAGAUAACAAUGCACGAUGUUUGUCGAAUGCAUGCGGCUGUGUUGCACGUAUGAUUUUGAAGCACCCUGGCAAUGUUCCUGUUGCUGAUGUUGUUUCUGUUCUUCUUUCUCGUCUGCCGUUGACUGAUGGUCUUGAGGAAAACACUCCAGUGUUUGAGUUAAUUGUUGAGCUGGUUAAGUCACAGGAGCCCACUGUGAUUUCUCAGCGUGAGACUUUGGUUAAGAUUCUUGCUCAGGUGUUUGAGCAGGAGGUUUCAGCUAAGGAUGAGUUGACUAGUCACACCACUGGUAUUCAAGAUAUUGAGCUUCCAUUUGAGACUGAUGAGAUUCGUGCUAAGGUGAUUGAGAUGCUUAAGUUCCUUGAGACCAAUCAGCCUGGUCUUGUUUCCAGUCAUGCUGUUUUCUCUCAAGUUCUUGCUUAG